AUGGGAAUUGUGGAUAAAUUAAGGGAGAAAUUUGAGCAUACGCACAUUGAAAUUCCAAUCAAAAAGCCUGAUACUACUAGACAUUCUACGUCUACAAAUGUGAUAGAAAUUGAUACCGUGGACAAACGUGUAAUCUAUAGAAAUAGAUUUAAUAAUGGUGUUAAUCUCGGUUCUCUCUUUGUACUGGAAUCAUGGAUUUUUGAUUCACAAUUAACUGAAUGUGGUGGGAAUUGCGAACUAGAAUGUAUUAGAAAUAUUUCUCAAAAAAUAUCCCCCAAUGAAGCGAUAAAUAGAUUAAGUGAACAUUAUAAACGAUACAUUAAUAGCAUAAAUUGGACUUGGUUGAGAGAUGUGACAAAAAUUACAGCUAUGAGAGUACCUAUUGGUUAUUGGCACGUUGAUAAUGGAAGUUUUACAAAGGGACUGCCAUUUGAAACUCUUAUGGGAAUAUAUGAGGAGACAAAACCUUGGGAUGUUUUCAAAUCUUUGAUUGAAAAGGCCAAUCAAUAUAAUAUUGGUAUCCUAAUUGAUAUACAUGGUCUACCAGGUGGUGCAAAUAAUGAUUCACAUAGUGGAGAUAUAACAAGCAAUUCCUCUUUUUUCAGUACAUCCAAGUACGUAAAUAAAAUGAUUGAUGAAGUGAUUCCAUUUAUUAUCAAUGAUACGGUUCUUCCAUACGAAAAUAUUAUUGGUAUUCAAGUAGUUAAUGAAGCAAAAUUUAGUGAAAAGGGCAAAGCUGAGAAAAACUAUUACGAGAAGGCAAUUAAGGCUAUAAAUAAAUUAGCUCCUGGAUUACCAAUCGUUAUAUCGGAUGGUUGGUGGCCUGAACAAUGGUCUGAUUGGUUGGAUAAGGAACACUUAGACCCCUUUGUAGUCAUUGAUUCCCAUGUUUACAGAUGUUUUUCAGAUAAUGAUAAAUCAAAAACAGCUCAACAGAUUAUUGAAGAUUUGGAAAAGUCAGUAAACUUCCCGUAUGAUAAAGCAGAUUUCAUGGUUGGUGAAUUCUCAUGUGUUUUAGAUGAACAAACUUGGUCAAAAACUGAAGGUGUUAAAGAGGACUGGGUGAAAAAGUUUGGUAAUGAACAAAUAAAAGUUUUCAACAAAGUGGCAAGCUGGGGUUGGUUUUUUUGGACCCUACAAUUUCAAUGGGGUGAUGGAGGGGAAUGGGGAUUUGUUCCACAAGUUCAAAAUGGUGCUAUUCCAUUAAGAAGUUUAUCUCCAAUCAAAAUUGAUGAAAUGAAAUUAAACUCCAUUUUUGAAGAGCAUGUUAAUUAUUGGAAUGGUAAAGGUGACAAAUUUGAACAUGAAAGAUACAAAGAUGGUUUGAGACAAGCUGCCAGUGAUAUUCAACUGUUUGAUAAAUUUGACAAUUCCAGAAUUGGUAGACUCCAUUCGUGGAAAUUAAUGAGAAAAGAACAAUAUAUCAAGGCUCAUGGUGAUAGUGAAUUUAUGUGGGAAUGGGAGCAAGGAUAUCAACGUGGUAUUAUGGAGUUUAAUAAGUAA